GACCAACCUGACAGCAAGUGGACCUAGGCCGAACCCGCAAGGGUCGUACCAUUACGGUAUGAUAAACACAACGAGGACCAUCGUACUGUCGAGUUCCGCUGGUCAAGUGAAUGGCAAACAAAGAUACGCAAUUAACAGUGUGUCCUAUGUUGCUCCCGACACUCCUCUUAAGCUCGCCGACUACUUCAAAAUCUCUGGCGUUUUCCGCGUGGGAAGCAUUUCUGACAGACCCACCGGCGGUGGCCUAUACCUUGACACAUCUGUUAUGCAAACUGAUUACAGAACAUUUGUGGAGAUUGUCUUCCAAAACGAUGAAGACAUCAUUCAGAGCUAUCAUCUCGAUGGCUACUCUUUCUUUGUCGUUGGUAUGGAUGGAGGACAGUGGACAACUGCCAGCAGGAACCAGUACAAUCUUCGAGAUGCAGUUUCACGGUGCACCGCUCAGGUGUAUCCCAAGUCAUGGACUGCUAUAUAUGUUGCGCUUGACAAUGUGGGAAUGUGGAACUUGAGGUCUGAAUUUUGGGCACGGCAAUACCUUGGCCAACAGUUUUAUAUGCGCGUUUAUACAACAUCGACCUCAAUCAGAGACGAAUAUCCUGUUCCAAAGAAUGCACUACUUUGUGGUAAGGCAAGUGGGAGACACACUCGACCCCUUUGAGCUAGCCAGUGCCUCAAGGAUCCCACAAUUUGGUUUUGGUGCGUGGAAGGCAUUCUAGCCAUAAAAUAUGAAAAGCAGUUGACUUAUCUGCUUCUGAUUUUGAUUUAUUUGUAUCGGUAAUUUAUGAUUUGCUCAGAUGGACAAGUAUGAUUUAAAGUAUAAAUGACCCCAGCUCGGGGUCACAUUCUUUCCCUGAAAAAAGAAAAAAGAGAAACAAUAUUCUAUUCUAUUUGUAAUUUCUCGAAAUGUACUAUUUUUACAUAUUAAGGUUAUAAGGAAGUUGGUAUUUAGCACUUGACAGUGCAGUGUGUCA